CUCCCCAUCACUAGGAAGUGAGGGAGUGAAUGGUGAGCUUCACUACAGGAGGAUGAGCCCUAGCGGGUUGUUUAGAUCAGACGUUGUUGAUCUGAAUUGUCCCGCAAUGGAAGAUUUUAUCGACCUGUGUUGAUUUGUCCGCCCACCGAGCACCAGAACCGAGCAGGAUAAAGAAAGAGACCGGGCUGCAGUUGAAUUGCUGAGUGUUGCUGCCGCUCGUCACCAUGUUGGACCACGCUGACGUGAGUUUAACCCCGGAGGAGCGAGUGCGCGCUCUGACCAAGAAGGGCAGCGCGGUGGACGUUAACGAAGCCGUUCCUGCCCGUCGCUACUUCCGCUCGGGCAUGGAGAUGAUCCGCAUGGCACACAUCUAUGCCGAGGAGGGGAACUUGGAGCAUGCUUUCGUCCUCUACAACAAAUACAUCACGCUUUUCAUCGAGAAGCUCCCCAAACAUCCAGAAUACAAGUUAUCCAACAUCCCUGAGAAGAAGGACACUCUUAAGAAGCUGAAAGAGAUCGCGUUCCCUCAGGCUGAGGAGCUGAAGAAGUGCCUGCUCAGGAGAUACGAGAAAGAAUACGCUGACCACCUGGCCAAAAAGCGAGAAAAGGAUGCGGCUCUGGAGCGCGAGCAGAUCAAGCAGAAGGAGCUGGAAGCAGAGCGGAGGCGUGUGGCGGAGCUGCAGAGGAGGCAGCUGGAGCAGGAGCAGUUCAGUGUUUUUGAGGAGAUGAUCCGGCGGCAGGACCAUGAGCGUGAACGUCAGCGUGUUCUCCGCGAGUUCGGCACGCCCACAUCGCCUCCCGACAACGCCCCGCUUAUCCCUGGCAUCCAGGGCCCGCCGCUGCCUUACCCAGCAUCCCCCACACCGCCUCAGAGCCCACAGUAUCCCUCCACCAAUCAAAGCACACCGUCAGCACCAGCCACGCCCAUUCCACCUCCUGUUCCUACCUUUGACCGCUCACUCAAGCCAGGCACCGUGGGCAGGACAGCUAACAGUACGCUGGUGGACGGUUUGAGGCAGGUAGCCGUCCCCUCUGAGCUGUGCAACAAGUUCCUACACUUGGCCAAUAACAACACAGUCCGAGCUGUGGAGACGUGCGGUAUACUCUGUGGCCAAUUGACGAGGAACGCGUUCACAGUGACUCACGUGAUAGUGCCUAAGCAGUGUGGAGGUCAUGAUUACUGUGACACAGAGAACGAGGAGGAGCUCUUUCUGGUGCAGGAUCAGCACAAUCUCAUUACACUGGGCUGGAUUCACACACACCCGACUCAAACGGCUUUCCUCUCCAGUGUUGAUCUUCACACUCACUGCUCCUACCAGCUGAUGUUGCCAGAAGCCAUUGCCAUUGUCUGCUCGCCUAAAUUCAACGAGACGGGCUACUUCAGGUUGACUGAUUAUGGAAUGGAGGAGAUUUCCACCUGCACACAGAAAGGCUUUCACCCUCAUUCCAAAGAGCCUCCCCUGUUUAUCGGUGGCAGCCACAUUGUGAUCACGGAAGGCACCGUCACAAUGCUAGACCUGCGCUGAUCUGCUCCAAAACCAGAAAAUCGGUACAAUGAAGCAUUUUAAAUCCCGGAUAGCAGCUAUAUACCAUUAUUAUUCUUAACACGCUGUGUGGACCGGCACUGGCUAACCGUGGGAUGGUUUUUGACCAAUCAGCAUUUACAGGUGGUGGGAUUGCGACUGUCUGUCUGCGAUAAGCACUUUUGAAAAGAAAACACUCUAAGAAAGAAGUCUUCAGAGACAUCUGCUGGGAGCUCAGGGACGUACGCUCAUCUAAGGAACUGUAACUUUGCCUCCUUUCACUCUGCAGACUGACUUGAUUGUUUAAUUUGUUCUGUAUUAAUUGUGAGUCAUUCUCAGUGUCAUUGCGUCCUUGUCCGAAUUUUAUGAUGGCAACUGUGUUUCACACUAACAUAACUCAUCUAUGUAAAUAAAAUUAGAGAAACCUGGUGUUUCUAAAAUUA